AAGUCUCCCUCGAAAUCAACAGCACGACUCAUUCCUAACGCUCUCUGGUUUCCUCUUUGUAAAAUUUUGUAUCUUUUUUUUUUUUUUCUCUCAUCGGUUAAAUCUUGAUUUUCUAUUUUGCAGGUGUUAGGCUUUGUAUUCCAUUUCUUUUUUUUUGUUGAAAUUUUUUUGCAGGUCUCUCUUAUUUGUUAUUAUUUGCUCUUUUUUUUUUUUUUCCGUGCAUAACGUUAUGGAUGCAGGGUCUUUGAAUUCUUCUUCAAAUUUGAAGGGGCAAUCUAGGUUCCCACUUCAAGAACAGUUUCUUCAUAGAAGAAAUUCUAAAGAAAAUUUGGACAGAUUUAUACCAAACCGUUCAGCAAUGGAUUUCGACUAUGCACAUUUCAUGCUAACGGAGGGGAUGGAAGGUAAGGAGAACCCUGCAGUGAUCUCACCGUCCAGGGAGGCCUACCGGAAGCAGCUGGCUGAGGCACUUAACAUGAAUAGGACCAGAAUCUUGGCUUUCAAGGACAAGCCACCAACACCUGUUGAACUGUUCCCACAAGAGCACUCCUCAUCUGUUAACCCUGUUAAAUCUGCAAAACCUCGAAGACACAUCCCUCAGACUUCCGAGAGGACAUUGGAUGCUCCAGACCUUGUAGAUGACUUUUACCUGAACUUACUGGAUUGGGGCAGCAGCAAUGUUCUUGCAAUUGCUCUUGGAAACACUGUGUAUUUGUGGGAUGCUUCGAAUGGCUCUACAUCAGAACUUGUUACUAUUGAUGAUGAGAUUGGCCCAGUGACCUGUGUCAACUGGGGUCCUGAUGGUCGGCAUAUUGCCAUUGGUUUGAAUAAUUCUGAAGUGCAGUUGUGGGAUUCUGCUACAAACCGACAGCUGCGUACUCUGAGAGGUGGUCACAGAUCACGAGUGGGAUCAUUGGCAUGGAAUAAUCACAUCCUAACAACAGGAGGGAUGGACGGUCAAAUAACCAACAAUGAUGUUAGAAUCAGAUCACACAUUAUUGAAACAUACAGAGGGCACCAUCAGGAGGUCUGUGGAUUGAAAUGGUCAGGCUCGGGACAACAAUUAGCAAGUGGAGGAAAUGAUAAUCUAAUUCACAUAUGGGAUAGAUCUGUGGUAUCUUCAAAUUCAGCAACACAAUGGCUUCACAGGCUGGAGGAUCAUACUUCUGCAGUAAAAGCCUUAGCUUGGUGUCCUUUCCAGAGCAAUUUGCUAGCAUCUGGUGGAGGUGGAGGUGAUCGGACCAUCAAGUUCUGGAACACACAUACAGGUGCCUGCUUGAAUUCAAUUGAUACUGGCUCUCAAGUAUGCGGUUUGCUGUGGAACAAGAAUGAGAGAGAGCUUCUUAGCUCCCACGGCUUCACUCAAAAUCAACUUACUCUAUGGAAAUACCCAUCAAUGGUUAAGAUGGCAGAGCUAACUGGUCACACAUCUAGAGUCCUUUUCAUGAGUCAAAGCCCUGAUGGUUGCACCGUGGCAACAGCUGCAGGAGAUGAAACCUUGAGAUUCUGGAAUGUUUUUGGAGUCCCAGAAGCUUCUAAACCUGCUCCAAAGACAAACCCUGAGCCAUUUUCUCAGGUGAAUCGCAUCCGGUGAAGAGAAAAUGAAUUGGAUUCUGUGCACUCUGACACCAGCCAAAAGCAGAGAACUAGUCUUAUAACUUUUCUUCAACAAACUUCUGAUAUAAUAUAGACAAGAAGGGUACAAUAAAUUGCCAUUUUCUUGCAACCUGUUCUGACCCAUCCACAGAUAUGUAGGUGUGAUGAUUCACUUGGUGGAUGACGGCUUGGGAUAAAAAUUCAAGGAGCAAAUGUACAUAGUUGUUGAGACAAAUAUCAAACACGCCCAAAACGCCCAUUUGGAGGGCCAGAGGCCUGAAGAUCCAACCCAUGUAAAACUCCAAUCCUAGAAGAAUAAGGAGAAAGAGUUUAUCUAUAGUGGAAUCCUAGUAAAUACAGUCCCAAACAGGCUAGAAACCACUUAGGAAAUCUAUAUGAACCAAUCCCUUAGGAAACAUAGAUCAUGGAAGGGGAUUCAGAACUUUUCAUUUUGUACAC